AUGGGUGCAGAGACAGUAGCAGGCAGGUCAGGCACUCAAGAAGUGCUGGACAGGAAGGAUCUGGAGACAAGCCCGGCUGUCCCCGCCUCCUCUCCUUCUUCCUCUGCCCUCUCCACCCAUGGGGCCUGUGGAGCAGAACCACAGUCACUUCCUGAAAGCAACAGCCCCAGUUCAGUUCCCUCUCUCACCGUAACCCAUCACCUGCCUGCCGCCAUGGAGAGCCAUCAGGACUUCCGGAGCCUUCAAGCAAAGUUCCAGGCCUCUCAGCCUGAGCCCAAUGAACUCCCCCCCAAAUCUCCAAAGCCUGAGUUCAAGAAACUCCUCAAAAAGUUUCCACAGCCUGAGCCCAGUGAGCAGUCUAAGAAGCCCCCACACCACGAGUUCACUGAUCUGCCCAGGAAGCCCCCACAGCCCGAGUUCACUAAUUUCCCCAAGAAGCCCCCACAGCCCGAGUUCACUAAUUUCCCCAAGAAGCCCCCACACCCCGAGUUCACUGAUCUGCCCAGGAAGCCCCCACAGCCCGAGUUCACUGAUCUGCCCAGGAAGCCCCCACAGCCCGAGUUCACUGAUCUGCCCAGGAAGCCCCCACAGCCCGAGUUCACUAAUUUCCCCAAGAAGCCCCCACAGCCCGAGUUCACUAAUUUCCCCAAGAAGCCCCCACAGCCCGAGUCCAGUGAUCUGCCCAAGAAGCCCUGCAAAUCUGAGUUCAGUGAUCUAUACAAGAAGUUCCCACCACUGGAGGCCACUGUGCUCCCCAUGAAGCCCCUGCAGCCUGAGGUCAGUGAGGCCCCUCAGAGGGCCUUUCAGCUGGAGCCCAGUGCACUUGCCCAGAAGCCCCAGCAGCCUGACCUCAGCAACCCCACCAGGCCUCCCACAGAACCCAAAUUUGGUUCGUUCCCCAGAAAGUCCUGGCCGCCUGAGUCCAAUGAGGCUCCCCUGAAGGCCUCACAGCCCGAGUUCAGUAACCUUCCAAAGAAGCCCCCACACCUUGAGUUCAGAAAGCCCCAGCAGCCUCAGAUGCCCCCCUGGAAGCCUGAAAGCAGUGAGCCCCACCCCAGCCUUUCACAGCCUGACGUCAGUGCCUUUCCAAAAAAGAGCCCACAACCUCAGCUGAGUAACCUCCCCAGGACGUCCUCAGAGCCCGAGGUCUGUGCGUUUCCCAAGAGGCCACAGCAGUCUGAAUUCAAAGCACUUUCUAAGCUCCCAAAGCCCAGCCCGGACAGCCUCCCCAGGACGUCCUCAGAGCCCGAGAUCGGCUUAUACCCCAGGAAGUUUCCACAAUUAGAGGGCCAGGGGCCCCCCCGCAAGUAUUCACAGCCUGAAACCAAUGCUCUGCCCAGGAAGCCCCGGCAGGCAGUGUUCUUUGGGGAUCACUCUAGAAAGCCCCCCCUGCCCGGCUCUGUUUCGGAGAGCUCCCUGCCCAAGGCUGUUGCGGGCUCCAGCCCCAGAUUCCCACUCAGCCCAGGGUUUGGGACGAGGCAACAGAAGUCAGGAGCUCUCCUUCACGGUGGAGGGUCAAGGCUGGGCCUCAAACCCGGCCACCCACCACGGCAGAGGCCUCUGCCUCCAGUCAGCAGCCUAGGACCUCCGCCAGCCAAACCGCCGCUGCCCCCAGGCCUCAGGGAUGUCCAGAGCUUCCAGAGACCCUCAGCAGCAGGCACAAAUCUACGGAAGACCUGCUCUACCCCUGGAAUCCACUUCCAGGCCAGACAGCCUACGGCUACCCUGAAGGACUCGGAGGACAUCUACGAGCUGUACGAUGACGUGGAGCUGACAGACUGCAGCCCCAGCCCCAUGGGCAAAGGUGAAGUGCCAUCUAUCCAGCAACCCCCCAGGAGGCCACCACAAGACCCUGAGCUCAGGAAAGAAAAGGCACCUCAGCCACAGCAGUUGCUGCCUAUGGACCCUAAGGCCCUGAAGAAAAUCCGGAAGGCUGAGAAAGCUGAGAGGGAAUUCCGGAAGAAGUUCAAGUUUGAGGGGGAGAUUGUGAUUCAGACAAAGAUGAUGAUUGACCCCAAUGCCAAGACACGGCGUGGGGGUGGGAAGCACCUGGGGAUCCGGCGUGGGGAGAUCCUGGAGGUGAUCGAGUACACCAACAAGGAGGAGAUGCUGUGCCGGGAUACCAAGGGCAAGUAUGGCUACGUGCCCAGAAUUGCAUUGCUGCCCUUGGAAACGGAGGUGUAUGAUGAUGUUGGCUUCUGGGACCCUCUAGAAAGCCAACCAUUCCCACGAGGACAAUAAAGCCUGCAGGUGUGGGGACCCAGGACAACCACCCACUAACCCAGGAAAACUGGAUCCCAGCUUAGAGGCCACAGAACUGCCAAGGCUCACACCCGACCACGAACAUGGACCACAUAAAAAGCCUUUCUUUUAAGUGA